AUGCAUUCAUCAGACGUUGGUGGCGAGGAAUGGGAAACAGCAUCCGAUAACAGCGAUAAUAACGGUUAUACUGUUGCAAAACAGGACAUGAAUGAUCCUUUGGAACCGGAGUCAAACUCACGAAACCGAGAUAACAAGCCUCCAACCACAAGAGGGGGCUAUCAGGAUAGACAUGGACGAGGGAGAGGAAGAGGGGAAGGAAAUCAAGGUGAUAGAGGAAACAAGAAUAGAAACGAUCAGGGAGGCUUUGUCAGUGGGAAUGCUCAGGUUUACUCUCUUCAUUCUGUUGAUUACACGCAUCAGGAAGCAAUCGAUGAAGCGAUACGUGAUGCCUCAGCGAAGAAUCCUGAUGAUGCUGCAAGUAAAACGAAUAAGAAAUCAAAACAACACGAGGAAUUAUUCAAGUUAUACGAUCUGCAUAAUUACGCAAGUGUUGUGAAUGUUGAUGAUCUGCCUGACGUCUCACACAGAGACCAAGAAAUCCUUGACAUUGAGAGUUUAAUUUCACUUCAAAUGGAUCAGAAUCAAACGAACGCUUCUCCAGAUUUUGUUGACGAGGAAGGAUUCACCCCUGUGCUGUCGAAACGAGAAUUAAGAAAAAGAGAACAAAUAAGGAAAAAGGAGGAGGAGGAAAAACUGCAAGAGCUAGUUCGUAGAGCUAAAAUUGAGCAACAAAAGCAGCAACGACAAAGAUUGUUCAAUAAAACACCAGGGAGUCCUCUUGGCGGAUCAAGCGGAACUAUUAAGCAACCGGCUGAAGUCAAGAAAAACAACGAGGAUAAUUCAUGGACAUCGACACCUAUUGGUACCUGGGAUCCGAGAGAAUCAAAUAUCCCAGCGGCAACAAGUGGGGAAAUAGUGGUUGCGGUUGUAACUCCAGAGGCAAACAAGGGGGAAAACCCUGCGUCUCAGCACGAUAGCGGAGUUGAAUCUUCUGUUCCAUCAUCUCAGCGCAGCAGUCCAGGCUCAGCCGAUCCAAAGAUCAGUUUCAGCAGUUUUGGAAACGUUUCUACGACAACUGGGGUUAUAACCUCGGUAGGCGGGGGUCAGUUGCCAUCAGUUAUACAUCUGAUCCAGAAUCCUGAACUAGAAACCAUCAAACCACCAGUGGCAGCAGAGUACCAUCAGACUGGAUCAACUAUGCUGGGUGACUCUGGUGGCAGUCCUAGGAGCGUGGGUUCGAAUCCCGCUGGUGCUAUUGGAGGCGAACGAGGUAAACGUGUGACAGAAGCAUCAUUGGAAAAUGCGCAGAUGGAGACAAUGAACUUAGAUAUGAUGCCACAGGAUGGCCAGUUGGAUUCCAGCAGUAUUCACUCUCUGUUCAAUAAAAUGAACGACAAGAACGUGAUUUCAUUUGUUGCUGAUAAUACUGACACUGGAGUUGGACAGAACAUGACAGCCAACCAGUCAGGAAGUCCGCUAUUCAAAAGCACGGAAUUUCAAACAAAGAGAAAUUAUACUCCGUUUGGAGAACCUCACGCAAAUCAAGAUGAAAAUACUAACAGACAAAAUGCAUAUUCAGGAAUAGGAGGAUCAUUUAAUCCAAAUCUCGAGCCAGAAUCGAACAUCGAAAACUCGGAGAAUUCAUCGUUCCAACGUUUUCCAAACCCCUCUCCAACAAAUGAUGCUGCCACACCCACUUUGCAAGACACGCCUACUCCAACACUAGGCGCUUCACCAUCAAGACAAAGACUUGGAACUGGGCAUUCAGCUCCUCCAAUGGGCGGUUUCCAUCAGAUGCCAAUGUCGAGCAUGACUCCGCCAGUUAUUUCUGCACCGUCAUCAUCAAUGGCACCACUUAGUGGUUCGAAUAAUCCUGAAAAUCCACCGAACGAUGACUUGAGUGGAAGACUGGGCGUAAGCCCCCCAGACCCAGCGGUUCAGUCCGAAAUGAGUGAGACAGAGCCCCCCGGGCCAAUUCCCCUCCCUCCCACUCAUGCAACUGGGGAGGUAUUAAAUAGAGUUCAAAGUUCAGCUGCUGGUGACAUCAGGGUUCAAAGUUCAACAGGAAAUGAUCUGGGGUUCGGAGGUCAAAGUUCAAAUGUCGGGGAUUAUACUGCGAUUAGAAGUCAAAAUCCUAUGAGAGGUCAAAGUUCAACAGGAAGUGACAUUGGAUUGAGAGCCCAGAAUACUGCUGGAACAGAAAUGGGUCUCAGGGGUCAAAGUUCAAAUGACCUGGGGGGUCAAAGUUCAACAGCGAUGUUAUUAACUCCUACGUCACCAUCUGUGGACUUCACCAAAUUAGAAACGGCGAUGAGGUCGGCAAGAAAAGCUUGGGAGAACACUUCCUCAUAUGGAGAGGAAGGGCAGAAACAACAGCAAGCACUGAAUGAAGGUUCCGUUCCUUUUUCUUCAUUCCAUUCUUCCACAAGAAACGUCGUCUCGUCCGGAAAUGUUUCUCAGGCCAUCGAUACUUCCUCAGAUGUACAGUCGUCAUUCAAUGUUGCGCAAUCACGAGAAUGGAAACCGACACGUAAUACUCCAUCAGUAGGUGGCAGUAUAGAGCAAAGUGGGGCAGGCGGAGAAACAAACCCCUCAAAUAUGAAAGUAGUGGCGACAUCCACUCCUACGAGCGCCGGAUCAUUCAGCUCUGAAUCGCAAACGUCAAGUCGACCGGCAUCAGCAGUCAUGCAACAACAGCAGCAGUCACAGUUAGUCUCGCCCGUCAUUUCUCCGUAUCUUAUGUUAACUGGAAUUCAGGACCACAACUCGUCUCAACUCUUUACUCCUGCACAACAUAGGAUGCCUGUACAACAGGGAUCAACCCAUUAUCAGCCGAUAUCUUCAACGUCUCUCCAUAACAACUUACAACAAAUGCAACAAGCCGCCAUGAUAAGCCAUCUUCCAGAUUACUCACUGAUGGGUGGCAUGAGUUCGUACAACAGCCUCUCUCAUCAUCCUGUCGCAUACAACACACAACAACAAAGAGAUUUCCAGACUUCCCUGUUUGUUCAAACUACUGUUGUCACACAGACAGUCAAAGCUCCUCCUCUGAACACAAUCGCUCUGAAGCCUCAAUCUCAUACGAUGAGCAACAGAACACCAUAUGGAGCUCAAGGUACAUACAUGAAAGACAUUGUUGAAUGUACUAUAUCAGUGGCUCCCAAACUUUUUGGAGUCGGGACCCACUAUUUAUUACCACAACGGAAACACGGCAUUGGACUGAAUAUGGCUCACCGCUCACUACAAAACACUGUUGUCACGGCAGCAGGUAGUCUCUCACCAGUCGCUACGCCAGUUUACUUGCCAGCUUUAAGCUCAACACCACAUCAGCGAUCAGCGGGCUCUUUCCAUAGCCAUCCUGGCCAGGUUUCAGGCUUCUAUGCUACGCAGGCUCAGCCUUCAAGUCAGCAGCAGCAAGCCAGACAGGCUUCAUAUCAGCAGCAGGCUCAGUAUCAGCCAAUGAUGCCGGGGAUGAAUAAAGCUCCAUCUCCUUCACCUUUGACCUCUGGUAGCCAUGACAGCGUGAUGGGGUCAUCCGGAAAUGUUAUGGGGCCGUCCCACACCCCAGCCGGGGUUAUUGGGGCUAAUUACACUGCCAUUGCUCCCCCCAAUCAGCGAGUCCGCACAGAUGAAUUUUCACCAAGUAUGGGGUAUAUGACAUCACAAUUUGUGCCCAAAAACAUGAGUUACCCCCAAAAACAUCCGACGUCCCAGCCCCAACAAGAUUCCUCCCCAAUGGGGGAAAUAUGA